AUGCAGAUCCGAGCGUCUGAACUUCAGGGGCCAUUCCUGAAAAUUAGUGGACGUGUGGGCGGCGGGGUGGGUGCUCGUCGGGGGGUGCGGGGGGGGGGCGGCGGUCGCCCGCCGCGGCGCAUGAUUUACGCCACUCCCGUAUUAUGUUUUGACUUUAAUAAACAGAGCGUUUGUCACGACGGGCAGACGGGUGGACGCCUUGUACGGCGGGCGGCGCAAGUAGCAUCGCCCGCUGCUAUGCACUUGGGCGGUGCGCGCCGCGAUUUG